CUUCGGUAGGUGGCUGGCAACUGGCGGAGCAUCAUAAAGUAUCGCGGGGUGGUAAAAGGAUAGAAGACAGAAGCCUGAACAUGUAUAGCCUAUAUCCAACGGUGUUACUUUUUUUUACCUAGACAACACGGCCGGCUGUUAACACUUGACAUGUGCCACUGGCAAUAAGAAAGACCUGCCUGAAAUAUCUGGGAUUAACAAAGAACUGAACAUGGCCGCCCAUAGAAUCAGAACCACCAACAACAUAGCCCUACCCCGCUGCAAGUCAGAGGGCACUCUCAUAGACCUGAGUGAGGGAGUGACUGAGGCCACUCUAACAGAUGUCAAAGUGCUUUCUCCAAGUGCAUUGAGGCUUGAUACAACUGCAUCAUUGGGUACUGCAAGGGAAGUUGUUGCCAUCAAGGACUACUGCCCAUCCAGCUUCACCACUUUGAAGUUUUCAAAGGGAGAACGCCUGUUUGUGCUGGAUACAUCAGGAGGAGAGUGGUGGUACGCCCAUAACAACACAGAGAUGGGCUACAUCCCAGCAGCGUAUGUUCAACCUGUCAAUCAUCGGGACUCCUCGUUCAGUGACAGUGGGAUGAUUGACAGCGUAGGCGACUGCAGUGAAGAUGGGGCCAAGGAGCUGGAUCUCCUUGGAGAAUGGACAGGAGUGGUCCUGAAGCCUGUAGAACUCCAAAACGGAAACCCCUUUGCUGCCAGGACCUCAACUAACCCUUUUCUUAAUGGAUGUGUCCAAGAGUAUGUGGAUCAGAACAGCAACAGGAGCUCAGUUGACUUGCUUCUCUUUGACACCCUCACUCCUUCAGUCACCAAUUCCACCAGCAGUAACAUCAACGUCAAUGGUUUUGAUAGCUCCAUGUUUGAUACAAACACCAGCACAGAUAUGGCGUUUGAUAAAGACAACCCAUUUUUUAGGAGCAAACGCUCAUACAGUUUGUCAGAGCUGUCCACCUUGAGGGCCCAAAGAGAUGCCCCUCAGGGGUACACAGGAUUCUUUGGUGGUUUAAAAGCUCCAGCACCAGAGCAGUUUCAAAGCAGGGAGGACUUUCGGACAGCUUGGCUGAACCACAGGAAACUCGCGAGGUCAUGCCAUGAUUUGGACUCCCUGGGACAGAGUCCAGGAUGGGGACAAACACAGCCCAUAGAGACAAAUAUUGUUUGCAAGCUUGAUAGUUCAGGAGGGGCUGUUCAACUGCCAGACACCAGCAUCAGUAUUCAUGUCCCAGAGGGUCAUGUUGCCAUGGGCGACGCCCAGCAAAUCUCCAUGAAGGCUCUCCUUGACCCACCACUCGAGCUAAACAAUGACCGAUGCACCACAGUGAGCCCAGUGGUUGAGGUCAAGUUGAGUAACAUGGAAACAAAGACGGCAAUCACUUUGGAAAUGAAGGUGUCUGUCGUGGUGAAGAUGGACAGUAGACAAAUAGCCAAAGUGAUUUGCGUGCGAAGUGAUUGCAAAGAGGGUCCUUACACUCCUGUGCCUGAGGUGUAUAUGUAUGGCGACACGGUCCAGGUAUGCCUUGAUAACCUUGAGCCCUGCAUGUACGUGUCGGUUGUAGCACAAGCCCAGUCGGUUUCUCCAUUUACAUCAGUGUGGGAGCAUGUUGUAAAGAAGGUAACCCUUGGCGUUUACGGGCCCAAGCACAUCCACCCGUCCUUCAAGACAGUGGUAGGCAUCUUUGGCCAUGACUGUGCCCCCAACACCUUGAUGGUCAGUGAAGUUGGCAAACAAGCACAGUCGACGCCGCCAGUUGCUCUCCAGCUGUGGGGGAAGCACCAGUUUGUGUUAGCGAAGCCGCAAGACCUACAAGUGGGCGUGUACUCCAACAUGGCCAACUAUGAGGUCAAGGCCAUGGGGCAGGAGAGAACCGUGAGGGGCUUCCAGGUCAAGCUAGGAAAAGUGAGUCGGCUGAUCUACAUGAUUGCCACACGGACGACCGGAGAUAUAUCAGACUUUACUCUGAGGGUCCAGGUCAAAGACUGCCAGGACUGUAUCCUUGCACAGUUUUGCGUUCAGACACCCCAGCCGCCACCCAAAAUAGGGCCAAAAACCUCAGUGCAGAGGCGUUUCUUGAAGAAGAAGGAGGCGAACAAAAUUGUGCUGUCACCACUUGCCGUCACCACAAAAUACCCUGUGUUUCAGGAGCGAAAAGUCACAAAUUUAAAAUUUGGCAAAUUAAUCAAGACAGUGAUCCGACAGACCAAGAACCCCUAUCUGUUGGAGUACAAGAAAGGAGAUAUAGUAGCUCUUCUGAGCGAAGAGCGAAUUAAACUCAAGGGACAGCUUUGGACCAAGGAGUGGUACGUUGGUUACUGUCACGGAAAGACAGGCCUGGUUCAUACCAAAAACGUGCUUGUGGUGGGGAAAGUGAAGCCAAUUUACUUCAGCGGGCCCGACCUGACAACUACCAUUCUCCUGGAACAGAGCCUGAAGCCCUGCAAGUUCCUCACUUACAUCUAUGCGUCAGUAAGGACAAUAUUGAUGGAGAACGUAGGCAGCUGGAGGGCAUUCGCUGACGCCUUGGGGUAUGUGAACCUGCCACUGACACAUUUCUGUCGGACAGAGCCGGACAGCGAGCCUGAGAAGGUGGCUUCUGUGCUGGAGAGACUGAAGGAGGACUGCAACAACUCUGAGGGCAAGGACAGGAAGUCCUUCCAGAAAGAGCUCAUGACUGCUCUCCUGAGGAUGGACUGUCAGGGCUUGGUGGCACGUCUGGUCAUGGACUUUGUGCUGCUGACCACAGCUGUGGAGAUCGCCGGCCGCUGGAGAGAGCUGGCCGACAAACUGGCCAAAAUGUCCCGGCUGCAGAUGGACGCCUAUGAGGCUCCGCAUCGGGACAGGAACGGAGUGGUGGACAGCGAGGCCAUGUGGAAGCCUGCCUAUGACUUCCUGCUGACGUGGGCGGCUCAGAUUGGGGACAGCUACCGUGACGUGCUGCAGGAGCUUCACCUGGGCCUGGACAGGAUGAAGAACCCCAUCACCCGCCGCUGGAAGCAUCUGACAGGCACGCUCAUCCUUGUCCACUGUCUGGACCUGCUGCGCAGCUCGGCCUUCUCCUCGGCGCACCAGGAUGACUGUGCUAUUUGACUUUGCUGAGAGUCCCCCGACUGUGCUAUAUGAGAGCCCUGACUGUGCUAUAUGAGUGCUAUAUGAGUGCCCUGACUGUGCUAUAUGAGUGCUAUAUGAGUGCCCUGACUGUGCUAUAUGAGUGCUAUAUGAGUGCCCUGACUGUGCUAUAUGAGUGCCCUGACUGUGCUAUAUGAGUGCCCUGACUGCGCUAUAUGAGUGCCCUGACUGUGCUAUAUGAGUGCCCUGACUGUGCUAUAUGAGUCCCCUGGCUUGACACCCGGCCCUCCUCGCUACAAACUGCACUUUCACAGACCUCAUCCUCCAGCCCCACCCCCCUGCUUUAGACUGGUCCCAUCUCUGCAUUUACAGUAGAUCAUACUCAGCUUAUACUCAACAUUUUAUACCCAAUGUUCAGUCCUUCGCAGGGCUCCACAAUAAUGACAGUACUGUUCAUGUUCAGAAAAUCGUGCUUAUUUGCACCUAUUCUUCUUUGUUCGUCUUUGAAGAGGGGUUUGUCCACUCGUCUCGUCGACUUACUUUCAUAACAGCUGAUCUUGGUUUUCAAAGACCCCUGUAACUGCUGCAGAGAAGUCUGUCCAAGUAGCCAUGGUGUAGGCAAAGGAGGAAUUCAGACUAUUGAGUAUGCACGAUCACUUGUUCUGAUCUGAUAUAGAGAUUGCACAGAUGUGGUUAACUAAGCUCUUUGUCCUGACUGCUGGGCUAGCAUUCAAACUAUGAAAGGCUACUUCUUACAACAGGCUGUUACCAAAUCUGCAGUAUUCAAAUAUUUGUAUUGUUUCUUUCUGACACAGGAUAUAUUUUUUUGAAUAUAGCACAAAAUACUUUUUGAACCACUUUGACACUUUUUUGAUGUUAACUAAAUACACUGUAAAAGAGAAAAAUACAAAAAAACAUGAUAUCAUCAUUUAUAUAUCAAAUAUUUAUCAAGUAUAUAUGGCAGCCAAACAUAUGUGUUUUAUGUAUGUAAAAGUUUACGGUUUAUGUGUUUCAAGUUAAUCUGUUACAGAGAACCUUUCCUUCCUGGUCUCUUCUACCAAAACCCAAUUAAUUUAGGUAAACUGUUUUCUUGCCUGACAGUUUUGUACAUUUGUAUCAAACAUUGAUGAUCAAGAUGUUUUUUAAAGAUGAAAUGCUUUAAAUGUGUAUGUCAAAACACUGUAAUUUUAAAGGCCAAGGAUGUCUGGAAAAAAACAUGUUUAUGCAUUUCUUGUGCUGGAUUCAGUGCUGUGUACUGUAAGCUUAUUUAGGACAUUUAUUUGUUGCAUGUUUAUUGAACUACAUACCAUCAUUUGGAAUAAAAUAUUAGCCUUUA